AUGAAAGGAGCGGACACUGUGAUGAGUGGAAUGGUACAGUACAACGAUUGGCUCGACGAGGAAUGCUCAAAUAUGGCACGAGAGGGUCUUCGGACACUGGUCGUCGCUCGAAAACCGCUAUCCCCAGCCGAGUUGGAAGCGUUCGACCGUGCGUAUCACGCGGCGAAAAUGUCGAUUUCGGAUCGUAGUCAAAAUAUGGCGAAUGUGGUGAAUCGCAUGUUGGAGAGAGAUUUGCAGUUGUUGUGUCUCACUGGUGUUGAGGAUCGGCUUCAGAGCUCCCUAAACUCGCGCGGCUUCUACAUCCUCGUCUUCUCCGUUCAAUUCCUGGUCCUCCUGAUCUGCAUUGCCUACUGUAACGUCAUCAUGGGCGGCACGAUUCAAUCGUUCGUCACCGCCAUCGGCCAGUCGUUCGUCGACGCGUUCACACUGAAACAAAUUCGCAAUUUUGUGGAGGAGCGAAAAGUGCGAACGCAGCAGAGACAGGCGGUACCGGAUGAGCCGAUGACGGAGAGGGGCGGAGCCUCAGAUGAGCCGGGAACUUCGAAUACUGUUGAUGCUUAA